ACAGGGCGACGUCAUUGCUAAUGUCAGGGGUUUGAGGCACAAGGGCGGAAGACCACUUAACACUGGAGCAGCGCUCCAAUACUUGAGGGAUAAUGUCUUCACUGCCUCGGUUGGAAGUAGGCGUCUGGAAGGAGUUCCACAGAUGCUCAUAGUCCUCAGCGGUGGAAGGUCCUUUGACAGCGUUGACGCAGCAGCCACCGCCCUGAAGGAGCUGGGGGUCUUUACCCUUGCCAUUGGAACCAGUGGCUCUGAUAGCAGAGAACUGCAGAAGAUAUCCCAUGGUCCCAAUAAGGCUCUGUCUGUGUCUGAUUUUACUGACCUUCCCAGUGUCCAACAGCAACUGCAGUCCUCAAUGGAAUCAGUGGUCAUUGUUGUAACUCCAGAAUCUCCCACAGUUUUAGUUGACCAUGAGGUUGCCGGGAAGGAUGUAGUAUUCCUUCUGGAUGGCUCUGAUAACACAAGGAAUGGAUUUGCUGCCAUGCGUGAUUUUGUUCAGAGAAUGGUGGAGGAACUUAAUGUGGGCGAAAACAACGACCGUGUGUCAGUUGUCCAGUACGGCAGAGACGCAGACGCCCACUUCUAUCUGAACACAUACACCACAAAGGACGAUAUUCUUGACACGGUCAGAGGACUCAGACACAGAGGGGGAAGACCCCUCAACACCGGUUCAGCCCUCAAGUAUGUCCGAGACAACGUGUUUACGGCGGCCUCUGGAAGUAGGAGGCAAGAGGGCAUUCCUCAGCUACUGAUUGUGCUGAGUGGAGGGCGAUCUAGUGACAACGUAGACAUACCGGCGUCUGCCCUCAAAGAAAACGGGGUCUUAAUUCUAGGCAUCGGAACUAGAAAUUCUAGCACAGAGGUUCAAAGAAUCGCCUCCGAUCCUAGUUAUGCCCAGUCUGUGUCUGACUUCUCUGACCUCCCAAACGUCCAGCAUCCAUUUGCCUCCUCUCUUAGCCAUGUAGUUGUUGGGGUUAAACCAAUGACCCCUACAGUGAGAGUUGACCAGAGAACUCCAAAACGGGAUGUGGUAUUUCUUCUGGAUGGCUCUGAUGGCACAAGGAAUGGAUUCCCUGCCAUGCGUGAUUUUAUUCACACGGUGGUGGAGAAACUGAAUGUGGGAGAAAACAACGACCGUGUGUCCGUUGCCCAGUACAGCGGAGAUGCAGAGGCCAAUUUCUAUCUGAACACAUAUAACACAAAGGCAGAUAUACUUCACAUGGUCAGCGGGCUUAGGCACAAAGGAGGCAGGCCCGUCAACACCGGGGCAGCCCUCCAGUAUGUCAGAGACAACGUGUUUACAGCCUCUUCCGGCAGCAGGCGCCAAGAAGGGGUUCCACAGUUGUUGAUCCUUGUAAAUGGUGGAAGGUCUUCUGACAGUGUAGAUACACCAGCGUCUGCUCUCAAACAGCUUGGCAUCACUGUCCUUGGAAUUGGAACAAGGAACUCUGACCAUGGACAACUGCAAAAGAUCUCCUCUAAGCCAAAUUAUGCUUUGUCAGUGUCCGACUUCAGUGACCUCCCCAACAUACAAAAGCAACUGUCCUCUGCCAUCAGCACAGUCACAGUUAGGGCCCCACCAUUGACGCCAACUGUAAUCGUUGAGCACAGCCUGCCCAAAAGGGAUGUUGUGUUCUUGCUGGAUGGAUCUCAUGGCACCCGAACUGGAUUCCCAGCAAUGCGUGACUUUGUGCAGAAAGUUGUAGAGACGCUCAAUGUGGAUGGCGACAGAGAUCGAGUCUCAGUUGUUCAGUACAGCAGUGAUCCAGCUGUCCAAUUCUAUCUAAACACGUACAAAACACAGGGCGAAGUCGUUGCUAAUGUCAGGGGUUUGAGGCACAAGGGCGGAAGACCACUUAACACUGGAGCAGCGCUCCAAUACUUGAGGGAUAAUGUCUUCACUGCCUCGGCUGGAAGUAGGCGUCUGGAAGGAGUUCCGCAGAUGCUCAUAGUCCUAUGCGGUGGAAAGUCCUAUGACAGUGUUGACGCAGCAGCCACCGCUCUGAAGGAGCUGGGGGUCUUUACCCUUGCCAUUGGAACCAGUGGCUCUGAUAGCAGAGAACUGCAGAAGAUAUCCCAUGGUCCCCAUCAGGCUCUGUCUGUGUCUGAUUUUACUGACCUUCCCAGUGUCCAACAGCAACUGCAGUCCUCAAUGGAAUCAGUGGUCAUUGUUGUAACUCCAGAAUCUCCCACAGUUUUAGUUGACCAUGAGGUUGCCGGGAAGGAUGUAGUAUUCCUUCUGGAUGGCUCUGAUAACACAAGGAAUGGAUUCGCUGCCAUGCGUGAUUUUGUUCAGAGAAUGGUGGAGCAACUUAAUGUGGGCGAAAACAACGACCGUGUGUCAGUUGUCCAGUAUGGCAGAGACGCAGAGGCCCACUUCUAUCUGAACACAUACACCACAAAGGACGAUAUUCUUAACACGGUCAGAGGACUCAGACACAGAGGGGGAAGACCCCUCAACACUGGGUCAGCCCUCAAGUAUGUCCGAGACAACGUGUUUACGGCGGCCUCUGGAAGUAGGAGGCAAGAGGGCAUUCCUCAGCUACUGCUUGUGCUGAGUGGAGGGCGAUCUAGUGACAACGUAGACAUACCGGCGUCUGCCCUCAAAGACAACGGGGUCUUAAUUCUAGGCAUCGGAACUAGAAAUUCUAGCACAGAGGUUCAAAGAAUCGCCUCUGAUCCUAGUUAUGCCCAGUCUGUGUCUGACUUCUCUGACCUCCCAAACGUCCAGCAUCCAUUCGCCUCCUCUCUUAGCCAUGUAGUUGUUGGGGUUAAACCAAUGACCCCUACAGUGAGAGUUGACCAGAGAACUCCAAAACGGGAUGUGGUAUUUCUUCUGGAUGGCUCUGAUGGCACAAGGAAUGGAUUCCCUGCCAUGCGUGAUUUUAUUCACACCGUGGUGGAGAAACUGAAUGUGGGAGAAAACAACGACCGUGUGUCCGUUGCCCAGUACAGCGGAGAUGCAGAGGCCAAUUUCUAUCUGAACACAUAUAACACAAAGGAAGAUAUUCUUGACAUGGUCAGCGGGCUUAGGCACAAAGGAGGCAGGCACGUCAACACCGGGUCAGCCCUCCAAUAUGUCAGAGACAACGUGUUUACAGACUCCUCCGGCAGCAGGCGCCAAGAAGGGGUUCCACAGUUGUUGAUCCUUGUAAAUGGUGGAAGGUCUUCUGACAGUGUAGAUACACCAGCGUCUGCUCUCAAACAGCUUGGCAUUACUGUCCUUGGAAUUGGAACAAGGAACUCUGACCAUGUACAACUGCAAAAGAUCUCCUCUAAGCCAUAUUAUGCUUUGUCAGUGUCCGACUUCAGUGACCUCCCCAACAUACAAGAGCAACUGUCCUCUGCCAUCAGCACAGUCACAGUCAGGGCCACACCAAUGACGCCAACUGUAAUCGUUGAGCACAGCCUGCCCAAAAGGGAUGUUGUGUUCUUGCUGGAUGGAUCUCAUGGCACCCAAACUGGAUUCCCAGCAAUGAGUGACUUUGUGCAGAAAGUCGUAGAGACGCUCAAUGUGGAUGGCGACAGAGAUCGAGUCUCAGUUGUUCAGUACAGCAAUGAUCCAGCUGUCCAAUUCUAUCUGAACACGUACAAAACACAGGGCGACGUCGUUGCUAAUGUCAGGGGUUUGAGGCACAAGGGCGGAAGACCACUUCACACUGGAGCAGCGCUCCAAUACUUGAGGGAUAAUGUCUUCACUGCCUCGGCUGGAAGUAGGCGUCUGGAAGGAGUUCCGCAGAUGCUCAUAGUCCUAUGCGGUGGAAAGUCCUAUGACAGUGUUGACGCAGCAGCCACCGCUCUGAAGGAGCUGGGGGUCUUUACCCUUGCCAUUGGAACCAGUGGCUCUGAUAGCAGAGAACUGCAGAAGAUAUCCCAUGGUCCCCAUCAGGCUCUGUCUGUGUCUGAUUUUACUGACCUUCCCAGUGUCCAACAGCAACUGCAGUCCUCAAUGGAAUCAGUGGUCAUUGUUGUAACUCCAGAAUCUCCCACAGUUUUAGUUGACCAUGAGGUUGCCGGGAAGGAUAUAGUAUUCCUUCUGGAUGGCUCUGAUAACACAAGGAAUGGAUUCGCUGCCAUGCGUGAUUUUGUUCAGAGAAUGGUGGAGCAACUUAAUGUGGGCGAAAACAACGACCGUGUGUCAGUUGUCCAGUACGGCAGAGACGCAGAGGCCCACUUCUAUCUGAACACAUACACCACAAAGGACGAUAUUCUUAACACGGUCAGAGGACUCAGACACAGAGGGGGAAGACCCCUCAACACUGGGUCAGCCCUCAAGUAUGUCCGAGACAACGUGUUUACGGCGGCCUCUGGAAGUAGGAGGCAAGAGGGCAUUCCUCAGCUACUGAUUGUGCUGAGUGGAGGGCGAUCUAGUGACAACGUAGACAUACCGGCGUCUGCCCUCAAAGAAAACAGGGUCUUAAUUCUAGGCAUCGGAACUAGAAAUUCUAGCACAGAGGUUCAAAGAAUCGCCUCUGAUCCUAGUUAUGCGCAGUCUGUGUCAGACUUCUCUGACCUCCCAAACGUCCAGCAUCCAUUCGCCUCCUCUCUUAGCCAUGUAGUUGUUGGGGUUAAACCAAUGACCCCUACAGUGAGAGUUGACCAGAGAACUCCAAAACGGGAUGUGGUAUUUCUUCUGGAUGGCUCUGAUGGCACAAGGAAUGGAUUCCCUGCAAUGCGUGAUUUUAUUCACACGGUGGUGGAGAAACUGAAUGUGGGAGAAAACAACGACCGUGUGUCCGUUGCCCAGUACAGCGGAGAUGCAGAGGCCAAUUUCAAUCUGAACACAUAUAACACAAAGGCAGAUAUUCUUGACAUGGUCAGCGGGCUUAGGCACAAAGGAGGCAGGCCCGUCAACACCGGGGCAGCCCUCCAGUAUGUCAGAGACAAUGUGUUUACAGCCUCUUCCGGCAGCAGGCGCCAAGAAGGGGUUCCACAGUUGUUGAUCCUUUUAAAUGGUGGAAGGUCUUCUGACAGUGUAGAUACUCCAGCGACUGCUCUCAAACAGCUUGGCAUCACUGUCCUUGGAAUAGGAACAAGGAACUCUGACCAUGGACAACUGCAAAAGAUCUCCUCUAAGCCAAAUUAUGCUUUGUCAGUGUCCGACUUCAGUGACCUCCCCAACAUACAAGAGCAACUGUCCUCUGCCAUCAGCACAGUCACAGUCAGGGCCACACCAAUGACGCCAACUGUAAUCGUUGAGCACAGCCUGCCCAAAAAGGAUGUUGUGUUCUUGCUGGAUGGAUCUUAUGGCACCCAAACUGGAUUCACAGCAAUGCGUGACUUUGUGCAGAAAGUCGUUGAGACGCUCAAUGUGGAUGGCGACAGAGAUCGAGUCUCAGUUGUGCAGUACAGCAGUGAUCCAGCUGUCCAAUUCUUUCUAAACACAUACAAAACACAGGGCGACGUCGUUGCUAAUGUCAGGGGUUUGAGGCACAAGGGCGGAAGACCACUUAACACUGGAGCAGCGCUCCAAUACUUGAGGGAGAAUGUCUUCACUGCCUCGGCUGGAAGUAGGCGUCUGGAAGGAGUUCCACAGAUGCUCAUAGUCCUAUGCGGUGGAAAGUCCUAUGACAGUGUUGACGCAGCAGCCACCGCUCUGAAGGAGCUGGGGGUCUUUACCCUUGCCAUUGGAACCAGUGGCUCUGAUAGCAGAGAAUUGCAGAAGAUAUCCCAUGGUCCCAAUAAGGCUCUGUCUGUGUCUGAUUUUACUGACCUUCCCAGUGUCCAACAGCAACUGCAGUCCUCAAUGGAAUCAGUGGUCAUUGUUGUAACUCCAGAAUCUCCCACAGUUUUAGUUGACCAUGACGUUGCCGGGAAGGAUGUAGUAUUCCUUCUGGAUGGCUCUGAUAACACAAGGAAUGGAUUUGCUGCCAUGCGUGAUUUUGUUCAGAGAAUGGUGGAGGAACUUAAUGUGGGCGAAAACAACGACCGUGUGUCAGUUGUCCAGUACGACAGAGACGCAGAUGCCCACUUCUAUCUGAACACAUACACCACAAAGGACGAUAUUCUUGACACGGUCAGAGGACUCAGACACAGAGGGGGAAGACCCCUCAACACCGGUUCAGCCCUCAAGUAUGUCCGAGACAACGUGUUUACGGCGGCCUCUGGAAGUAGGAGGCAAGAGGGCAUUCCUCAGCUACUGAUUGUGCUGAGUGGAGGGCGAUCUAGUGACAACGUAGACAUACCGGCGUCUGCCCUCAAAGAAAACGGGGUCUUAAUUCUAGGCAUCGGAACUAGAAAUUCUAGCACAGAGGUUCAAAGAAUCGCCUCCGAUCCUAGUUAUGCCCAGUCUGUGUCUGACUUCUCUGACCUCCCAAAGGUCCAGCAUCCAUUCGCCUCCUCUCUUAGCCAUGUAGUUGUUGGGGUUAAACCAAUGACCCCUACAGUGAGAGUUGACCAGAGAACUCCAAAACGGGAUGUGGUAUUUCUUCUGGAUGGCUCUGAUGGCACAAGGAAUGGAUUCCCUGCCAUGCGUGAUUUUAUUCACACGGUGGUGGAGAAACUGAAUGUGGGAGAAAACAACGACCGUGUGUCCGUUGCCCAGUACAGCGGAGAUGCAGAGGCCAAUUUCUAUCUGAACACAUAUAACACAAAGGCAGAUAUACUUGACAUGGUCAGCGGGCUUAGGCACAAAGGAGGCAGGCCCGUCAACACCGGGGCAGCCCUCCAGUAUGUCAGAGACAACGUGUUUACAGCCUCUUCCGGCAGCAGGCGCCAAGAAGGGGUUCCACAGUUGUUGAUCCUUGUAAAUGGUGGAAGGUCUUCUGACAGUGUAGAUACACCAGCGUCUGCUCUCAAACAGCUUGGCAUCACUGUCCUUGGAAUAGGAACAAGGAACUCUGACCAUGGACAACUGCAAAAGAUCUCCUCUAAGCCAAAUUAUGCUUUGUCAGUGUCCGACUUCAGUGACCUCCCCAACAUACAAAAGCAACUGUCCUCUGCCAUCAGCACAGUCACAGUUAGGGCCCCACCAUUGACGCCAACUGUAAUCGUUGAGCACAGCCUGCCCAAAAGGGAUGUUGUGUUCUUGCUGGAUGGAUCUCAUGGCACCCGAACUGGAUUCCCAGCAAUGCGUGACUUUGUGCAGAAAGUCGUAGAGACGCUCAAUGUGGAUGGCGACAGAGAUCGAGUCUCAGUUGUUCAGUACAGCAGUGAUCCAGCUGUCCAAUUCUAUCUAAACACGUACAAAACACAGGGCGACGUCGUUGCUAAUGUCAGGGGUUUGAGGCACAAGGGCGGAAGACCACUUAACACUGGAGCAGCGCUCCAAUACUUGAGGGAUAAUGUCUUCACUGCCUCGGCUGGAAGUAGGCGUCUGGAAGGAGUUCCGCAGAUGCUCAUAGUCCUAUGCGGUGGAAAGUCCUAUGACAGUGUUGACGCAGCAGUCACCGCUCUGAAGGAGCUGGGGGUCUUUACCCUUGCCAUUGGAGCCAGUGGCUCUGAUAGCAGAGAACUGCAGAAGAUAUCCCAUGGUCCCCAUCAGGCUCUGUCUGUGUCUGAUUUUACAGACCUUCCCAGUGUCCAACAGCAACUGCAGUCCACAAUGGAAUCAGUGGUCAUUGUUGUAACUCCAGAAUCACCCACAGUUUUAGUUGACCAUGACUUUGCCGGGAAGGAUGUAGUAUUCCUUCUGGAUGGCUCUGAUAACACAAGGAAUGGAUUUGCUGCCAUGCGUGAUUUUGUUCAGAGAAUGGUGGAGGAACUUAAUGUGGGCGAAAACAACGACCGUGUGUCAGUUGUCCAGUACGGCAGAGACGCAGACGCCCACUUCUAUCUGAACACAUACACCACAAAGGACGAUGUUCUUGACACGGUCAGAGGACUCAGACACAGAGGGGGAAGACCCCUCAACACCGGUUCAGCCCUCAGGUAUGUCCGGGACAACGUGUUUACGGCGGCCUCUGGAAGUAGGAGGCAAGAGGGCAUUCCUCAGCUACUGAUUGUGCUGAGUGGAGGGCGAUCUAGUGACAACGUAGACAUACCGGCGUCUGCCCUCAAAGAAAACGGGGUCUUAAUUCUAGGCAUCGGAACUAGAAAUUCUAGCACAGAGGUUCAAAGAAUCGCCUCCGAUCCUAGUUAUGCCCAGUCUGUGUCCGACUUCUCUGAUCUCCCAAACGUCCAGCAUCCAUUCGCCUCCUCUCUUAGCCAUGUAGUUGUUGGGGUUAAACCAAUGACCCCUACAGUGAGAGUUGACCAGAGAACUCCAAAACGGGAUGUGGUAUUUCUUCUGGAUGGCUCUGAUGGCACAAGGAAUGGAUUCCCUGCCAUGCGUGAUUUUAUUCACACGGUGGUGGAGAAACUGAAUGUGGGAGAAAACAACGACCGUGUGUCCGUUGCCCAGUACAGCGGAGAUGCAGAGGCCAAUUUCUAUCUGAACACAUAUAACACAAAGGCAGAUAUUCUUGACAUGGUCAGCGGGCUUAGGCACAAAGGAGGCAGGCCCGUCAACACCGGGGCAGCCCUCCAGUAUGUCAGAGACAACGUGUUUACAGACUCCUCCGGCAGCAGGCGCCAAGAAGGGGUUCCACAGUUGUUGAUCCUUGUAAAUGGUGGAAGGUCUUCUGACAGUGUAGAUACACCAGCGUCUGCUCUCAAACAGCUUGGCAUCACUGUCCUUGGAAUUGGAACAAGGAACUCUGACCAUGGACAACUGCAAAAGAUCUCCUCUAAGCCAAAUUAUGCUUUGUCAGUGUCCGACUUCAGUGACCUCCCCAACAUACAAGAGCAACUGUCCUCUGCCAUCAGCACAGUCACAGUCAGGGCCACACCAAUGACGCCAACUGUAAUCGUUGAGCACAGCCUGCCCAAAAGAGAUGUUGUGUUCUUGCUGGAUGGAUCUCAUGGCACCCAAACUGGAUUCCCAGCAAUGCGUGACUUUGUGCAGAAAGUCGUAGAGACGCUCAAUGUGGAUGGCGACAAAGAUCGAGUCUCAGUUGUUCAGUACAGCAGUGAUCCAGCUGUCCAAUUCUAUCUGAACACGUACAAAACACAGGGCGCCGUCGUUGCUAAUGUCAGGGGUUUGAGGCACAAGGGCGGAAGACCACUUCACACUGGAGCAGCGCUCCAAUACUUGAGGGAUAAUGUCUUCACUGCCUCGGCUGGAAGUAGGCGUCUGGAAGGAGUUCCGCAGAUGCUCAUAGUCUUAUGCGGUGGAAAGUCCUAUGACAGUGUUGACGCAGCAGCCACCGCUCUGAAGGAGCUGGGGGUCUUUACCCUUGCCAUUGGAACCAGUGGCUCUGAUAGCAGAGAACUGCAGAAGAUAUCCCAUGGUCCCCAUCAGGCUCUGUCUGUGUCUGAUUUUACUGACCUUCCCAGUGUCCAACAGCAACUGCAGUCCUCAAUGGAAUCAGUGGUCAUUGUUGUAACUCCAGAAUCUCCCACAGUUUUAGUUGACCAUGAGGUUGCCGGGAAGGAUGUAGUAUUCCUUCUGGAUGGCUCUGAUAACACAAGGAAUGGAUUCGCUGCUAUGCGUGAUUUUGUUCAGAGAAUGGUGGAGCAACUUAAUGUGGGCGAAAACAACGACCGUGUGUCAGUUGUCCAGUACGGCAGAGACGCAGAGGCCCACUUCUAUCUGAACACAUACACCACAAAGGACGAUAUUCUUAACACGGUCAGAGGACUCAGACACAGAGGGGGAAGACCCCUCAACACUGGGUCAGCCCUCAAGUAUGUCCGAGACAACGUGUUUACGGCGGCCUCUGGAAGUAGGAGGCAAGAGGGCAUUCCUCAGCUACUGCUUGUGCUGAGUGGAGGGCGAUCUAGUGACAACGUAGACAUACCGGCGUCUGCCCUCAAAGACAACGGGGUCUUAAUUCUAGGCAUCGGAACUAGAAAUUCUAGCACAGAGGUUCAAAGAAUCGCCUCUGAUCCUAGUUAUGCCCAGUCCGUGUCUGACUUCUCUGACCUCCCAAACGUCCAGCAUCCAUUCGCCUCCUCUCUUAGCCAUGUAGUUGUUGGGGUUAAACCAAUGACCCCUACAGUGAGAGUUGACCAGAGAACUCCAAAACGGGAUGUGGUAUUUCUUCUGGAUGGCUCUGAUGGCACAAGGAAUGGAUUCCCUGCCAUGCGUGAUUUUAUUCACACGGUGGUGGAGAAACUGAAUGUGGGAGAAAACAACGACCGUGUGUCCGUUGCCCAGUACAGCGGAGAUGCAGAGGCCAAUUUCUAUCUGAACACAUAUAACACAAAGGAAGAUAUUCUUGACAUGGUCAGCGGGCUUAGGCACAAAGGAGGCAGGCACGUCAACACCGGGGCAGCCCUCCAGUAUGUCAGAGACAACGUGUUUACAGACUCCUCCGGCAGCAGGCGCCAAGAAGGGGUUCCACAGUUGUUGAUCCUUUUAAAUGGUGGAAGGUCUUCUGACAGUGUAGAUACACCAGCGUCUGCUCUCAAACAGCUUGGCAUCACUGUCCUUGGAAUAGGAACAAGGAACUCUGACCAUGGACAACUGCAAAAGAUCUCCUCUAAGCCAAAUUAUGCUUUGUCAGUGUCCGACUUCAGUGACCUCCCCAACAUACAAAAGCAACUGUCCUCUGCCAUCAGCACAGUCACAGUCAGGGCCACACCAAUGACGCCAACUGUAAUCGUUGAGCACAGCCUGCCCAAAAAGGAUGUUGUGUUCUUGCUGGAUGGAUCUUAUGGCACCCAAACUGGAUUCACAGCAAUGCGUGAAUUUGUGCAGAAAGUCGUUGAGACGCUCAAUGUGGAUGGCGACAGAGAUCGAGUCUCAGUUGUGCAGUACAGCAGUGAUCCAGCUGUCCAAUUCUAUCUAAACACAUACAAAACACAGGGCGACGUCGUUGCUAAUGUCAGGGGUUUGAGGCACAAGGGCGGAAGUCCACUUAACACUGGAGCAGCGCUCCAAUACUUGAGGGAGAAUGUCUUCACUGCCUCGGCUGGAAGUAGGCGUCUGGAAGGAGUUCCACAAAUGCUCAUAGUCCUAUGCGGUGGAAAGUCCUAUGACAGUGUUGACGCAGCAGCCACCGCUCUGAAGGAGCUGGGGGUCUUUACCCUUGCCAUUGGAACCAGUGGCUCUGAUAGCAGAGAACUGCAGAAGAUAUCCCAUGGUCCCAAUAAGGCUCUGUCUGUGUCUGAUUUUACUGACCUUCCCAGUGUGCAACAGCAACUGCAGUCCUCAAUGGAAUCAGUGGUCAUUGUUGUAACUCCAGAAUCUCCCACAGUUUUAGUUGACCAUGACGUUGCCGGGAAGGAUGUAGUAUUCCUUCUGGAUGGCUCUGAUAACACAAGGAAUGGAUUUGCUGCCAUGCGUGAUUUUGUUCAGAGAAUGGUGGAGGAACUUAAUGUGGGCGAAAACAACGACCGUGUGUCAGUUGUCCAGUACGACAGAGACGCAGACGCCCACUUCUAUCUGAACACAUACACCACAAAGGACGAUAUUCUUGACACGGUCAGAGGACUCAGACACAGAGGGGGAAGACCCCUCAACACCGGUUCAGCCCUCAAGUAUGUCCGAGACAACGUGUUUACGGCGGCCUCUGGAAGUAGGAGGCAAGAGGGCAUUCCUCAGCUACUGAUUGUGCUGAGUGGAGGGCGAUCUAGUGACAACGUAGACAUACCGGCGUCUGCCCUCAAAGAAAACGGGGUCUUAAUUUUAGGCAUCGGAACUAGAAAUUCUAGCACAGAGGUUCAAAGAAUCGCCUCCGAUCCUAGUUAUGCCCAGUCUGUGUCCGACUUCUCUGACCUCCCAAAGGUCCAGCAUCCAUUCGCCUCCUCUCUUAGCCAUGUAGUUGUUGGGGUUAAACCAAUAACCCCUACAGUGAGAGUUGACCAGAGAACUCCAAAACGGGAUGUGGUAUUUCUUCUGGAUGGCUCUGAUGGCACAAGGAAUGGAUUCCCUGCCAUGCGUGAUUUUAUUCACACGGUGGUGGAGAAACUGAAUGUGGGAGAAAACAACGACCGUGUGUCCGUUGCCCAGUACAGCGGAGAUGCAGAGGCCAAUUUCUAUCUGAACACAUAUAACACAAAGGCAGAUAUACUUGACAUGGUCAGCGGGCUUAGGCACAAAGGAGGCAGGCCCGUCAACACCGGGGCAGCCCUCCAGUAUGUCAGAGACAACGUGUUUACAGCCUCUUCCGGCAGCAGGCGCCAAGAAGGGGUUCCACAGUUGUUGAUCCUUGUAAAUGGUGGAAGGUCUUCUGACAGUGUAGAUACACCAACGUCUGCUCUCAAACAGCUUGGCAUCACUGUCCUUGGAAUUGGAACAAGGAACUCUGACCAUGGACAACUGCAAAAGAUCUCCUCUAAGCCAAAUUAUGCUUUGUCAGUGUCCGACUUCAGUGACCUCCCCAACAUACAAGAGCAACUGUCCUCUGCCAUCAGCACAGUCACAGUUAGGGCCCCACCAUUGACGCCAACUGUAAUCGUUGAGCACAGCCUGCCCAAAAGGGAUGUUGUGUUCUUGCUGGAUGGAUCUCAUGGCACCCGAACUGGAUUCCCAGCAAUGCGUGACUUUGUGCAGAAAGUCGUAGAGACGCUCAAUGUGGAUGGCGACAGAGAUCGAGUCUCAGUUGUUCAGUACAGCAGUGAUCCAGCUGUCCAAUUCUAUCUAAACACGUACAAAACACAGGGCGACGUCGUUGCUAAUGUCAGGGGUUUGAGGCACAAGGGCGGAAGACCACUUAACACUGGAGCAGCGCUCCAAUACUUGAGGGAUAAUGUCUUCACUGCCUCGGCUGGAAGUAGGCGUCUGGAAGGAGUUCCGCAGAUGCUCAUAGUCCUAUGCGGUGGAAAGUCCUAUGACAGUGUUGACGCAGCAGUCACCGCUCUGAAGGAGCUGGGGGUCUUUACCCUUGCCAUUGGAGCCAGUGGCUCUGAUAGCAGAGAACUGCAGAAGAUAUCCCAUGGUCCCCAUCAGGCUCUGUCUGUGUCUGAUUUUACUGACCUUCCCAGUGUCCAACAGCAACUGCAGUCCACAAUGGAAUCAGUGGUCAUUGUUGUAACUCCAGAAUCUCCCACAGUUUUAGUUGACCAUGACUUUGCCGGGAAGGAUGUAGUAUUCCUUCUGGAUGGCUCUGAUAACACAAGGAAUGGAUUUGCUGCCAUGCGUGAUUUUGUUCAGAGAAUGGUGGAGGAACUUAAUGUGGGCGAAAACAACGACCGUGUGUCAGUUGUCCAGUACGGCAGAGACGCAGACGCCCACUUCUAUCUGAACACAUACACCACAAAGGACGAUAUUCUUGACACGGUCAGAGGACUCAGACACAGAGGGGGAAGACCCCUCAACACCGGUUCAGCCCUCAGGUAUGUCCGAGACAACGUGUUUACGGCGGCCUCUGGAAGUAGGAGGCAAGAGGGCAUUCCUCAGCUACUGAUUGUGCUGAGUGGUGGGCGAUCUAGUGACAACGUAGACAUACCGGCGUCUGCCCUCAAAGAAAACGGGGUCUUAAUUCUAGGCAUCGGAACUAGAAAUUCUAGCACAGAGGUUCAAAGAAUCGCCUCCGAUCCUAGUUAUGCCCAGUCUGUGUCCGACUUCUCUGACCUCCCAAACGUCCAGCAUCCAUUCGCCUCCUCUCUUAGCCAUGUAGUUGUUGGGGUUAAACCAAUGACCCCUACAGUGAGAGUUGACCAGAGAACUCCAAAACGGGAUGUGGUAUUUCUUCUGGAUGGCUCUGAUGGCACAAGGAAUGGAUUCCCUGCCAUGCGUGAUUUUAUUCACACGGUGGUGGAGAAACUGAAUGUGGGAGAAAACAACGACCGUGUGUCCGUUGCCCAGUACAGCGGAGAUGCAGAGGCCAAUUUCUAUCUGAACACAUAUAACACAAAGGCAGAUAUUCUUGACAUGGUCAGCGGGCUUAGGCACAAAGGAGGCAGGCCCGUCAACACCGGGGCAGCCCUCCAGUAUGUCAGAGACAACGUGUUUACAGACUCCUCCGGCAGCAGGCGCCAAGAAGGGGUUCCACAGUUGUUGAUCCUUGUAAAUGGUGGAAGGUCUUCUGACAGUGUAGAUACACCAGCGUCUGCUCUCAAACAGCUUGGCAUCACUGUCCUUGGAAUUGGAACAAGGAACUCUGACCAUGGACAACUGCAAAAGAUCUCCUCUAAGCCAAAUUAUGCUUUGUCAGUGUCCGACUUCAGUGACCUCCCCAACAUACAAGAGCAACUGUCCUCUGCCAUCAGCACAGUCACAGUCAGGGCCACACCAAUGACGCCAACUGUAAUCGUUGAGCACAGCCUGCCCAAAAGAGAUGUUGUGUUCUUGCUGGAUGGAUCUCAUGGCACCCAAACUGGAUUCCCAGCAAUGCGUGACUUUGUGCAGAAAGUCGUAGAGACGCUCAAUGUGGAUGGCGACAAAGAUCGAGUCUCAGUUGUUCAGUACAGCAGUGAUCCAGCUGUCCAAUUCUAUCUGAACACGUACAAAACACAGGGCGCCGUCGUUGCUAAUGUCAGGGGUUUGAGGCACAAGGGCGGAAGACCACUUCACACUGGAGCAGCGCUCCAAUACUUGAGGGAUAAUGUCUUCACUGCCUCGGCUGGAAGUAGGCGUCUGGAAGGAGUUCCGCAGAUGCUCAUAGUCUUAUGCGGUGGAAAGUCCUAUGACAGUGUUGACGCAGCAGCCACCGCUCUGAAGGAGCUGGGGGUCUUUACCCUUGCCAUUGGAACCAGUGGCUCUGAUAGCAGAGAACUGCAGAAGAUAUCCCAUGGUCCCCAUCAGGCUCUGUCUGUGUCUGAUUUUACUGACCUUCCCAGUGUCCAACAGCAACUGCAGUCCUCAAUGGAAUCAGUGGUCAUUGUUGUAACUCCAGAAUCUCCCACAGUUUUAGUUGACCAUGAGGUUGCCGGGAAGGAUGUAGUAUUCCUUCUGGAUGGCUCUGAUAACACAAGGAAUGGAUUCGCUGCUAUGCGUGAUUUUGUUCAGAGAAUGGUGGAGCAACUUAAUGUGGGCGAAAACAACGACCGUGUGUCAGUUGUCCAGUACGGCAGAGACGCAGAGGCCCACUUCUAUCUGAACACAUACACCACAAAGGACGAUAUUCUUAACACGGUCAGAGGACUCAGACACAGAGGGGGAAGACCCCUCAACACUGGGUCAGCCCUCAAGUAUGUCCGAGACAACGUGUUUACGGCGGCCUCUGGAAGUAGGAGGCAAGAGGGCAUUCCUCAGCUACUGCUUGUGCUGAGUGGAGGGCGAUCUAGUGACAACGUAGACAUACCGGCGUCUGCCCUCAAAGACAACGGGGUCUUAAUUCUAGGCAUCGGAACUAGAAAUUCUAGCACAGAGGUUCAAAGAAUCGCCUCUGAUCCUAGUUAUGCCCAGUCCGUGUCUGACUUCUCUGACCUCCCAAACGUCCAGCAUCCAUUCGCCUCCUCUCUUAGCCAUGUAGUUGUUGGGGUUAAACCAAUGACCCCUACAGUGAGAGUUGACCAGAGAACUCCAAAACGGGAUGUGGUAUUUCUUCUGGAUGGCUCUGAUGGCACAAGGAAUGGAUUCCCUGCCAUGCGUGAUUUUAUUCACACGGUGGUGGAGAAACUGAAUGUGGGAGAAAACAACGACCGUGUGUCCGUUGCCCAGUACAGCGGAGAUGCAGAGGCCAAUUUCUAUCUGAACACAUAUAACACAAAGGAAGAUAUUCUUGACAUGGUCAGCGGGCUUAGGCACAAAGGAGGCAGGCACGUCAACACCGGGGCAGCCCUCCAGUAUGUCAGAGACAACGUGUUUACAGACUCCUCCGGCAGCAGGCGCCAAGAAGGGGUUCCACAGUUGUUGAUCCUUUUAAAUGGUGGAAGGUCUUCUGACAGUGUAGAUACACCAGCGUCUGCUCUCAAACAGCUUGGCAUCACUGUCCUUGGAAUAGGAACAAGGAACUCUGACCAUGGACAACUGCAAAAGAUCUCCUCUAAGCCAAAUUAUGCUUUGUCAGUGUCCGACUUCAGUGACCUCCCCAACAUACAAAAGCAACUGUCCUCUGCCAUCAGCACAGUCACAGUCAGGGCCACACCAAUGACGCCAACUGUAAUCGUUGAGCACAGCCUGCCCAAAAAGGAUGUUGUGUUCUUGCUGGAUGGAUCUUAUGGCACCCAAACUGGAUUCACAGCAAUGCGUGAAUUUGUGCAGAAAGUCGUUGAGACGCUCAAUGUGGAUGGCGACAGAGAUCGAGUCUCAGUUGUGCAGUACAGCAGUGAUCCAGCUGUCCAAUUCUAUCUAAACACAUACAAAACACAGGGCGACGUCGUUGCUAAUGUCAGGGGUUUGAGGCACAAGGGCGGAAGUCCACUUAACACUGGAGCAGCGCUCCAAUACUUGAGGGAGAAUGUCUUCACUGCCUCGGCUGGAAGUAGGCGUCUGGAAGGAGUUCCACAAAUGCUCAUAGUCCUAUGCGGUGGAAAGUCCUAUGACAGUGUUGACGCAGCAGCCACCGCUCUGAAGGAGCUGGGGGUCUUUACCCUUGCCAUUGGAACCAGUGGCUCUGAUAGCAGAGAACUGCAGAAGAUAUCCCAUGGUCCCAAUAAGGCUCUGUCUGUGUCUGAUUUUACUGACCUUCCCAGUGUGCAACAGCAACUGCAGUCCUCAAUGGAAUCAGUGGUCAUUGUUGUAACUCCAGAAUCUCCCACAGUUUUAGUUGACCAUGACGUUGCCGGGAAGGAUGUAGUAUUCCUUCUGGAUGGCUCUGAUAACACAAGGAAUGGAUUUGCUGCCAUGCGUGAUUUUGUUCAGAGAAUGGUGGAGGAACUUAAUGUGGGCGAAAACAACGACCGUGUGUCAGUUGUCCAGUACGACAGAGACGCAGACGCCCACUUCUAUCUGAACACAUACACCACAAAGGACGAUAUUCUUGACACGGUCAGAGGACUCAGACACAGAGGGGGAAGACCCCUCAACACCGGUUCAGCCCUCAAGUAUGUCCGAGACAACGUGUUUACGGCGGCCUCUGGAAGUAGGAGGCAAGAGGGCAUUCCUCAGCUACUGAUUGUGCUGAGUGGAGGGCGAUCUAGUGACAACGUAGACAUACCGGCGUCUGCCCUCAAAGAAAACGGGGUCUUAAUUUUAGGCAUCGGAACUAGAAAUUCUAGCACAGAGGUUCAAAGAAUCGCCUCCGAUCCUAGUUAUGCCCAGUCUGUGUCCGACUUCUCUGACCUCCCAAAGGUCCAGCAUCCAUUCGCCUCCUCUCUUAGCCAUGUAGUUGUUGGGGUUAAACCAAUAACCCCUACAGUGAGAGUUGACCAGAGAACUCCAAAACGGGAUGUGGUAUUUCUUCUGGAUGGCUCUGAUGGCACAAGGAAUGGAUUCCCUGCCAUGCGUGAUUUUAUUCACACGGUGGUGGAGAAACUGAAUGUGGGAGAAAACAACGACCGUGUGUCCGUUGCCCAGUACAGCGGAGAUGCAGAGGCCAAUUUCUAUCUGAACACAUAUAACACAAAGGCAGAUAUACUUGACAUGGUCAGCGGGCUUAGGCACAAAGGAGGCAGGCCCGUCAACACCGGGGCAGCCCUCCAGUAUGUCAGAGACAACGUGUUUACAGCCUCUUCCGGCAGCAGGCGCCAAGAAGGGGUUCCACAGUUGUUGAUCCUUGUAAAUGGUGGAAGGUCUUCUGACAGUGUAGAUACACCAACGUCUGCUCUCAAACAGCUUGGCAUCACUGUCCUUGGAAUUGGAACAAGGAACUCUGACCAUGGACAACUGCAAAAGAUCUCCUCUAAGCCAAAUUAUGCUUUGUCAGUGUCCGACUUCAGUGACCUCCCCAACAUACAAGAGCAACUGUCCUCUGCCAUCAGCACAGUCACAGUUAGGGCCCCACCAUUGACGCCAACUGUAAUCGUUGAGCACAGCCUGCCCAAAAGGGAUGUUGUGUUCUUGCUGGAUGGAUCUCAUGGCACCCGAACUGGAUUCCCAGCAAUGCGUGACUUUGUGCAGAAAGUCGUAGAGACGCUCAAUGUGGAUGGCGACAGAGAUCGAGUCUCAGUUGUUCAGUACAGCAGUGAUCCAGCUGUCCAAUUCUAUCUAAACACGUACAAAACACAGGGCGACGUCGUUGCUAAUGUCAGGGGUUUGAGGCACAAGGGCGGAAGACCACUUAACACUGGAGCAGCGCUCCAAUACUUGAGGGAUAAUGUCUUCACUGCCUCGGCUGGAAGUAGGCGUCUGGAAGGAGUUCCGCAGAUGCUCAUAGUCCUAUGCGGUGGAAAGUCCUAUGACAGUGUUGACGCAGCAGUCACCGCUCUGAAGGAGCUGGGGGUCUUUACCCUUGCCAUUGGAGCCAGUGGCUCUGAUAGCAGAGAACUGCAGAAGAUAUCCCAUGGUCCCCAUCAGGCUCUGUCUGUGUCUGAUUUUACUGACCUUCCCAGUGUCCAACAGCAACUGCAGUCCACAAUGGAAUCAGUGGUCAUUGUUGUAACUCCAGAAUCUCCCACAGUUUUAGUUGACCAUGACUUUGCCGGGAAGGAUGUAGUAUUCCUUCUGGAUGGCUCUGAUAACACAAGGAAUGGAUUUGCUGCCAUGCGUGAUUUUGUUCAGAGAAUGGUGGAGGAACUUAAUGUGGGCGAAAACAACGACCGUGUGUCAGUUGUCCAGUACGGCAGAGACGCAGACGCCCACUUCUAUCUGAACACAUACACCACAAAGGACGAUAUUCUUGACACGGUCAGAGGACUCAGACACAGAGGGGGAAGACCCCUCAACACCGGUUCAGCCCUCAGGUAUGUCCGAGACAACGUGUUUACGGCGGCCUCUGGAAGUAGGAGGCAAGAGGGCAUUCCUCAGCUACUGAUUGUGCUGAGUGGUGGGCGAUCUAGUGACAACGUAGACAUACCGGCGUCUGCCCUCAAAGAAAACGGGGUCUUAAUUCUAGGCAUCGGAACUAGAAAUUCUAGCACAGAGGUUCAAAGAAUCGCCUCCGAUCCUAGUUAUGCCCAGUCUGUGUCCGACUUCUCUGACCUCCCAAACGUCCAGCAUCCAUUCGCCUCCUCUCUUAGCCAUGUAGUUGUUGGGGUUAAACCAAUGACCCCUACAGUGAGAGUUGACCAGAGAACUCCAAAACGGGAUGUGGUAUUUCUUCUGGAUGGCUCUGAUGGCACAAGGAAUGGAUUCCCUGCCAUGCGUGAUUUUAUUCACACGGUGGUGGAGAAACUGAAUGUGGGAGAAAACAACGACCGUGUGUCCAUUGCCCAGUACAGCGGAGAUGCAGAGGCCAAUUUCUAUCUGAACACAUAUAACACAAAGGCAGAUAUUCUUGACAUGGUCAGCGGGCUUAGGCACAAAGGAGGCAGGCCCGUCAACACCGGGGCAGCCCUCCAGUAUGUCAGAGACAACGUGUUUACAGACUCCUCCGGCAGCAGGCGCCAAGAAGGGGUUCCACAGUUGUUGAUCCUUGUAAAUGGUGGAAGGUCUUCUGACAGUGUAGAUACACCAGCGUCUGCUCUCAAACAGCUUGGCAUCACUGUCCUUGGAAUUGGAACAAGGAACUCUGACCAUGGACAACUGCAAAAGAUCUCCUCUAAGCCAAAUUAUGCUUUGUCAGUGUCCGACUUCAGUGACCUCCCCAACAUACAAGAGCAACUGUCCUCUGCCAUCAGCACAGUCACAGUCAGGGCCACACCAAUGACGCCAACUGUAAUCGUUGAGCACAGCCUGCCCAAAAGAGAUGUUGUGUUCUUGCUGGAUGGAUCUCAUGGCACCCAAACUGGAUUCCCAGCAAUGCGUGACUUUGUGCAGAAAGUCGUAGAGACGCUCAAUGUGGAUGGCGACAGAGAUCGGGUCUCAGUUGUUCAGUACAGCAGUGAUCCAGCUGUCCAAUUCUAUCUGAACACGUACAAAACACAGGGCGACGUCGUUGCUAAUGUCAGGGGUUUGAGGCACAAGGGCGGAAGACCACUUCACACUGGAGCAGCGCUCCAAUACUUGAGGGAUAAUGUCUUCACUGCCUCGGCUGGAAGUAGGCGUCUGGAAGGAGUUCCGCAGAUGCUCAUAGUCCUAUGCGGUGGAAAGUCCUAUGACAGUGUUGACGCAGCAGCCACCGCUCUGAAGGAGCUGGGGGUCUUUACCCUUGCCAUUGGAACCAGUGGCUCUGAUAGCAGAGAACUGCAGAAGAUAUCCCAUGGUCCCCAUCAGGCUCUGUCUGUGUCUGAUUUUACUGACCUUCCCAGUGUCCAACAGCAACUGCAGUCCUCAAUGGAAUCAGUGGUCAUUGUUGUAACUCCAGAAUCUCCCACAGUUUUAGUUGACCAUGAGGUUGCCGGGAAGGAUGUAGUAUUCCUUCUGGAUGGCUCUGAUAACACAAGGAAUGGAUUCGCUGCCAUGCGUGAUUUUGUUCAGAGAAUGGUGGAGCAACUUAAUGUGGGCGAAAACAACGACCGUGUGUCAGUUGUCCAGUACGGCAGAGACGCAGAGGCCCACUUCUAUCUGAACACAUACACCACAAAGGACGAUAUUCUUAACACGGUCAGAGGACUCAGACACAGAGGGGGAAGACCCCUCAACACUGGGUCAGCCCUCAAGUAUGUCCGAGACAACGUGUUUACGGCGGCCUCUGGAAGUAGGAGGCAAGAGGGCAUUCCUCAGCUACUGAUUGUGCUGAGUGGAGGGCGAUCUAGUGACAACGUAGACAUACCGGCGUCUGCCCUCAAAGACAACGGGGUCUUAAUUCUAGGCAUCGGAACUAGAAAUUCUAGCACAGAGGUUCAAAGAAUCGCCUCUGAUCCUAGUUAUGCCCAGUCUGUGUCUGACUUCUCUGACCUCCCAAACGUCCAGCAUCCAUUCGCCUCCUCUCUUAGCCAUGUAGUUGUCGGGGUUAAACCAAUGACCCCUACAGUGAGAGUUGACCAGAGAACUCCAAAACGGGAUGUGGUAUUUCUUCUGGAUGGCUCUGAUGGCACAAGGAAUGGAUUCCCUGCCAUGCGUGAUUUUAUUCACACGGUGGUGGAGAAACUGAAAGUGGGAGAAAACAACGACCGUGUGUCCGUUGCCCAGUACAGCGGAGAUGCAGAGGCCAAUUUCUAUCUGAACACAUAUAACACAAAGGCAGAUAUUCUAGACAUGGUGAGCGGGCUUAGGCACAAAGGAGGCAGGCCCGUCAACACCGGGGCAGCCCUCCAGUAUGUCAGAGACAACGUGUUUACAGCCUCUUCCGGCAGCAGGCGCCAAGAAGGGGUUCCACAGUUGUUGAUCCUUUUAAAUGGUGGAAGGUCUUCUGACAGUGUAGAUACACCAGCGUCUGCUCUCAAACAGCUUGGCAUCACUGUCCUUGGAAUUGGAACAAGGAACUCUGACCAUGGACAACUGCAAAAGAUCUCCUCUAAGCCAAAUUAUGCUUUGUCAGUGUCCGACUUCAGUGACCUCCCAAACAUACAAGAGCAACUGUCCUCUGCCAUCAGCACAGUCACAGUCAGGGCCACACCAAUGACGCCAACUGUAAUCGUUGAGCACAGCCUGCCCAAAAGGGAUGUUGUGUUCUUGCUGGAUGGAUCUCAUGGCACCCAAACUGGAUUCCCAGCAAUGCGUGACUUUGUGCAGAAAGUCGUAGAGACGCUCAAUGUGGAUGGCGACAGAGAUCGAGUCUCAGUUGUUCAGUACAGCAGUGAUCCAGCUGUCCAAUUCUAUCUGAACACGUACAAAACACAGGGCGACGUCGUUGCUAAUGUCAGGGGUUUGAGGCACAAGGGCGGAAGACCACUUCACACUGGAGCAGCGCUCCAAUACUUGAGGGAUAAUGUCUUCACUGCCUCGGCUGGAAGUAGGCGUCUGGAAGGAGUUCCGCAGAUGCUCAUAGUCCUAUGCGGUGGAAAGUCCUAUGACAGUGUUGACGCAGCAGCCACCGCUCUGAAGGAGCUGGGGGUCUUUACCCUUGCCAUUGGAACCAGUGGCUCUGAUAGCAGAGAACUGCAGAAGAUAUCCCAUGGUCCCCAUCAGGCUCUGUCUGUGUCUGAUUUUACUGACCUUCCCAGUGUCCAACAGCAACUGCAGUCCUCAAUGGAAUCAGUGGUCAUUGUUGUAACUCCAGAAUCUCCCACAGUUUUAGUUGACCAUGAGGUUGUCGGGAAGGAUGUAGUAUUCCUUCUGGAUGGCUCUGAUAACACAAGGAAUGGAUUCGCUGCCAUGCGUGAUUUUGUUCAGAGAAUGGUGGAGCAACUUAAUGUGGGCGAAAACAACGACCGUGUGUCAGUUGUCCAGUACGGCAGAGACGCAGAGGCCCACUUCUAUCUGAACACAUACACCACAAAGGACGAUAUUCUUAACACGGUCAGAGGACUCAGACACAGAGGGGGAAGACCCCUCAACACUGGGUCAGCCCUCAAGUAUGUCCGAGACAACGUGUUUACGGCGGCCUCUGGAAGUAGGAGGCAAGAGGGCAUUCCUCAGCUACUGAUUGUGCUGAGUGGAGGGCGAUCUAGUGACAACGUAGACAUACCGGCGUCUGCCCUCAAAGAAAACGGGGUCUUAAUUCUAGGCAUCGGAACUAGAAAUUCUAGCACAGAGGUUCAAAGAAUCGCCUCUGAUCCUAGUUAUGCCCAGUCUGUGUCUGACUUCUCUGACCUCCCAAACGUCCAGCAUCCAUUCGCCUCCUCUCUUAGCCAUGUAGUUGUUGGGGUUAAACCAAUGACCCCUACAGUGAGAGUUGACCAGAGAACUCCAAAACGGGAUGUGGUAUUUCUUCUGGAUGGCUCUGAUGGCACAAGGAAUGGAUUCCCUGCCAUGCGUGAUUUUAUUCACACGGUGGUGGAGAAACUGAAUGUGGGAGAAAACAACGACCGUGUGUCCGUUGCCCAGUACAGCGGAGAAGCAGAGGCCAAUUUCUAUCUGAACACAUAUAACACAAAGGCAGAUAUUCUUGACAUGGUGAGCGGGCUUAGGCACAAAGGAGGCAGGCCCGUCAACACCGGGGCAGCCCUCCAGUAUGUCAGAGACAACGUGUUUACAGCCUCUUCCGGCAGCAGGCGCCAAGAAGGGGUUCCACAGUUGUUGAUCCUUGUAAAUGGUGGAAGGUCUUCCGACAGUGUAGAUACACCAGCGUCUGCUCUCAAACAGCUUGGCAUCACUGUCCUUGGAAUUGGAACAAGGAACUCUGACCAUGGACAACUGCAAAAGAUCUCCUCUAAGCCAAAUUAUGCUUUGUCAGUGUCCGACUUCAGUGACCUCCCCAACAUACAAGAGCAACUGUCCUCUGCCAUUAGCACAGUCACAGUCAGGGCCACACCAAUAACGCCAACUGUAAUCGUUGAGCACAGCCUGCCCAAAAGGGAUGUUGUGUUCUUGCUGGAUGGAUCUCAUGGCACCCGAAAUGGAUUCCCAGCAAUGCGUGACUUUGUGCAGAAAGUCGUAGAGACGCUAAAUGUGGAUGGCGACAGAGAUCGAGUCUCAGUUGUUCAGUACAGCAGUGAUCCAGCCGUCCAAUUCUAUCUGAACACAUACAAAACACAGGGCGACAUUGUUGCUAAUGUCAGGGGUUUGAGGCACAAGGGCGGAAGACCACUUAACACUGGAGCAGCGCUCCAAUACUUGAGGGAUAAUGUCUUCACUGCCUCGGCUGGAAGUAGGCGUCUUGAAGGAGUUCCACAGAUGCUCAUAGUCCUAUGCGGUGGAAAGUCCUAUGACAGUGUUGACGCAGCAGCCACCGCUCUAGAGGAGCUGGGGGUCUUUACCCUUGCCAUUGGAACCAGUGGCUCUGAUAGCAGAGAACUGCAGAAGAUAUCCCAUGGUCCGAAUAAGGCUUUGUCUGUGUCUGAUUUUACUGACCUUCCCAGUGUCCAACAACAACUGCAGUCCUCAAUGGAAUCAGUGGUCAUUGUUGUACCUCCAGAAUCUCCCACAGUUUUAGUUGACCAUGAGGUUGCCGGGAAGGAUGUAGUAUUCCUUCUGGAUGGCUCUGAUAACACAAGGAAUGGAUUCGCUGCCAUGCGUGAUUUUGUUCUGCGAACGGUGGAGGAACUUAAUGUGGGCAAAAACGACGACCGUGUGUCAGUUGUCCAGUACGGCAGAGACGCAGAGGCCCACUUCUAUCUGAACACAUACACCACAAAGGACGAUAUUCUUGACACGGUCAGAGGACUCAGACACAGAGGGGGAAGACCCCUCAACACUGGGUCAGCCCUCAAGUAUGUCCGAGACAACGUGUUUACGGCGGCCUCUGGAAGUAGGAGGCACGAGGGCAUUCCUCAGCUACUGAUUGUGCUGAGUGGAGGGCGAUCUAGUGACAACGUAGACAUACCGGCGUCUGCCCUCAAAGACAACGGGGUCUUAAUUCUGGGCAUCGGAACUAGAGAUUCUAGCACAGAGGUUCAAAGAAUCGCCUCUGAUCCUAGUUAUGCCCAGUCAGUGUCUGACUUCUCUGACCUCCCGAACGUCCAGCAGCCAUUCGCCUCCUCUCUUAGCCAUGUAGUGGUUGGGGUUAAACCAAUGACCCCUACAGUGAGAGUUGACCAGAGAACUCCAAAACGGGAUGUGGUAUUUCUUCUGGAUGGCUCUGAUGGCACAAGGAAUGGAUUCCCUGCCAUGCGUGAUUUUAUUCACUCGGUGGUGGAGAAACUGAAUGUGGGAGAAAACAACGACCGUGUGUCCGUUGCCCAGUACAGCGGAGAUGCAGAGGCCAAUUUCUAUCUGAACGCAUAUAACACAAAGGCAGAUAUUCUUGACAUGGUGAGCGGGCUUAGGCACAAAGGAGGCAGGCCCGUCAACACCGGGGCAGCCCUCCAGUAUGUCAGAGACAACGUGUUUACAGCCUCUUCCGGCAGCAGGCGCCAAGAAGGGGUUCCACAGUUGUUGAUCCUUGUAAAUGGUGGAAGGUCUUCCGACAGUGUAGAUACACCAGCGUCUGCUCUCAAGCAGCUUGGCAUCACUGUCCUUGGAAUUGGAACAAGGAACUCUGACCAUGGACAACUGCAAAAGAUCUCCUCUAAGCCAAAUUAUGCUUUGUCAGUGUCCGACUUCAGUGACCUCCCCAACAUACAAGAGCAACUGUCCUCUGCCAUCAGCACAGUCACAGUCAGGGCCACACCAAUAACGCCAACUGUAUUCGUUGAGCACAGCCUGCCCAAAAGGGAUGUUGUGUUCUUGCUGGAUGGAUCUCAUGGCACCCGAACUGGAUUCCCAGCAAUGCGUGACUUUGUGCAGAAAGUCGUAGAGACGCUCAAUGUGGAUGGCGACAGAGAUCGAGUCUCAGUUGUUCAGUACAGCAGUGAUCCAGCCGUCCAAUUCUAUCUGAACACAUACAAAACACAGGGCGACAUUGUUGCUAAUGUCAGGGGUUUGAGGCACAAGGGCGGAAGACCACUUAACACUGGAGCAGCGCUCCAAUACUUGAGGGAUAAUGUCUUCACUGCCUCGGCUGGAAGUAGGCGUCUUGAAGGAGUUCCACAGAUGCUCAUAGUCCUAUGCGGUGGAAAGUCCUAUGACAGUGUUGACGCAGCAGCCACCGCUCUAAAGGAGCUGGGGGUCUUUACCCUUGCCAUUGGAACCAGUGGCUCUGAUAGCAGAGAACUGCAGAAGAUAUCCCAUGGUCCGAAUAAGGCUCUGUCUGUGUCUGAUUUUACUGACCUUCCCAGUGUCCAACAACAACUGCAGUCCUCAAUGGAAUCAGUGGUCAUUGUUGUACCUCCAGAAUCUCCCACAGUUUUAGUUGACCAUGAGGUUGCCGGGAAGGAUGUAGUAUUCCUUCUGGAUGGCUCUGAUAACACAAGGAAUGGAUUCGCUGCCAUGCGUGAUUUUGUUCUGCGAACGGUGGAGGAACUUAAUGUGGGCAAAAACAACGACCGUGUGUCAGUUGUCCAGUACGGCAGAGACGCAGAGGCCCACUUCUAUCUGAACACAUACACCACAAAGGACGAUAUUCUUGACACGGUCAGAGGACUCAGACACAGAGGGGGAAGACCCCUCAACACUGGGUCAGCCCUCAAGUAUGUCCGAGACAACGUGUUUACGGCGGCCUCUGGAAGUAGGAGGCACGAGGGCAUUCCUCAGCUACUGAUUGUGCUGAGUGGAGGGCGAUCUAGUGACAACGUAGACAUACCGGCGUCUGCCCUCAAAGACAACGGGGUCUUAAUUCUAGGCAUCGGAACUAGAGAUUCUAGCACAGAGGUUCAAAGAAUCGCCUCUGAUCCUAGUUAUGCCCAGUCAGUGUCUGACUUCUCUGACCUCCCGAACGUCCAGCAGCCAUUCGCCUCCUCUCUUAGCCAUGUAGUGGUUGGGGUUAAACCAAUGACCCCUACAGUGAGAGUUGACCAGAGAACUCCAAAACGGGAUGUGGUAUUUCUUCUGGAUGGCUCUGAUGGCACAAGGAAUGGAUUCCCUGCCAUGCGUGAUUUUAUUCACACGGUGGUGGAGAAACUGAAUGUGGGAGAAAACAACGACCGUGUGUCCGUUGCCCAGUACAGCGGAGAUGCAGAGGCCAAUUUCUAUCUGAACACAUAUAACACAAAGGCAGAUAUUCUUGACAUGGUGAGCGGGCUUAGGCACAAAGGAGGCAGGCCCGUCAACACCGGGGCAGCCCUCCAGUAUGUCAGAGACAACGUGUUUACAGCCUCUUCCGGCAGCAGGCGCCAAGAAGGGGUUCCACAGUUGUUGAUCCUUGUAAAUGGUGGAAGGUCUUCCGACAGUGUAGAUACACCAGCGUCUGCUCUCAAGCAGCUUGGCAUCACUGUCCUUGGAAUUGGAACAAGGAACUCUGACCAUGGACAACUGCAAAAGAUCUCCUCUAAGCCAAAUUAUGCUUUGUCAGUGUCCGACUUCAGUGACCUCCCCAACAUACAAGAGCAACUGUCCUCUGCCAUCAGCACAGUCACAGUCAGGGCCACACCAAUGACGCCAACUGUAAUCGUUGAGCACAGCCUGCCCAAAAGGGAUGUUGUGUUCUUGCUGGAUGGAUCUCAUGGCACCCGAACUGGAUUCCCAGCAAUAGGUGACUUUGUGCAGAAAGUCGUAGAGACGCUCAAUGUGGAUGGCGACAGAGAUCGAGUCUCAGUUGUUCAGUACAGCAGUGAUCCAGCCGUCCAAUUCUAUCUGAACACAUACAAAACACAGGGCGACGUUGUUGCUAAUGUCAGGGGUUUGAGGCACAAGGGCGGAAGACCACUUAACACUGGAGCAGCGCUCCAAUACUUGAGGGAUAAUGUCUUCACUGCCUCGGCUGGAAGUAGGCGUCUUGAAGGAGUUCCACAGAUGCUCAUAGUCCUAUGCGGUGGAAAGUCCUAUGACAGUGUUGACGCAGCAGCCACCGCUCUAAAGGAGCUGGGUGUCUUUACCCUUGCCAUUGGAACCAGUGGCUCUGAUAGCAGAGAACUGCAGAAGAUAUCCCAUGGUCCCAAUCAGGCUCUGUCUGUGUCUGAUUUUGCUGACCUUCCCAGUGUCCAACAGCAACUACAGUCCUCAAUGGAAUCAUUGGUAUUUGAGGUUGUUCCUGGAUCCCCAACAUUCGUAGCCUCGUCCUUGGGUCCAAAGAAGGAUGUGGUCUUCCUUGUUGAUGGAUCCUCGAGUGUUGGACGGGAAUUCCCUAUUAUCCAGGAGUUCAUGCGCCGAGUUGUGGAGAAUCUCAAUGUCGGCGAAAACCAGAUCCGGAUAGGUGUUGUCCAAUAUGGUGACUCUCCGAAUGCUGAUAUGUAUUUGAACACCCAUGCAACCAAGGAGGGUGUUUUGAAUGGGAUCAAAGGGGUAAGGCAAAGAGGAGGAAGUCAGCGCAACCUUGGCCAGGCUUUGGAGUUUGUGAACCGGGAUUUCCUAACCGCAGCCCGUGGAAGCAGGAAGCAAGAGGGUGUCCCUCAGUUUGUGAUUGUUGUUUCCAGUGGAAGCUCAACAGAUGAUGUGAUUGGUGCUGCAUCCACCCUCAAAAGGUCCGGUGUUCUCCCCUUCAGUAUUGGGACCAGGGAUGUGAGCUCUCAUGAGCUCAAAGCAGUUGCAUAUGUUCCCAACUUUGCCCUUGUUGUGGAUGACCUUCCCGGGCUCUACACCGUCCAGAACAGCCUGAUCACCACUCUCACUGAGCUAUCUGAUGAUGAUCUCGCAGCGAUGCAGCCUGUUUACCCAACCCGAGAUGUUACAACAAUAACCACUCAUGGAGACAAAAGGGAUGUUGUGUUUUUAGUUGACGGCUCAACCGCAACACGCAGUGAGUUCAAGUCUAUCCGCGAAAUGAUCAAGAGAGUUAUCGAUAAGCUGGAUGUGGGACUGGACAACGUCAGAAUAUCAGUAGUGCAAUACAGUGAUGACCCGCACAUGGAAUUCCUCCUGAAUCAGUACUCAACCAAAGAAGAGGUCAGGCAGGCUGUGGCAAGGCUUCAGAGCAGAGGAGGGAGCCAGUUAAACACCGGCCGUGCCCUUGACUGGGUCUCUAAACACAUCUACCAGAGGUCAGCAGGAAGCCGUAUCGAGGAGGCUGUUCCACAGUUCCUCAUUCUAGUAACAGGUGGCAAGUCCACGGACGAUGUGACUCGUCCAGCGCACCAACUCAAGAGCAGCAUGGUGGCACCUAUUGCUAUUGGUUCAAGAAACGCUGACGCCAAUGAACUGAGAACGAUUGCGCUGAAGCAAGAGCUCACAUACACAGUGGACAGCUUCCAACAGCUCCCGUCUGUGGAACAGCAGUUCUUUGCGUCAGUGAACACGAUGACUCAUGAUGAUAUCUCCACUAUUAUUGACCGAGAAAGAAAGGUCAAAACGAUUCUUAAUCUUGGACGAAAAGACAUCGUCUUCCUUGUCGAUGGCUCAGACAACACCGGGGCCAUGGGGCUGGCGCAUAUCCGUGACUUCAUCCUCAGAACCAUCCAGCAGCUCGAUGUGCAGUCUGAUCAAGUUCGCAUUGCCGUAGUGCAGUACGCAGACAGAGCGCAGAGAGAGUUCUCCCUGAACACAUACGGCAACAAACCUGACGUUCUCAAUGCUGUCAAAAGGCUGCGUUUAAUGGGUGGGCGGUCCUCGGACCUCGCUCAAGCCAUUGAGUAUGUCAUCCGAAACGAGCUGAUAUCAUCCACAGGGAUGCGCCAUGCGGGGGCCUCGCAGCACCUUGUCGUGCUGACGGGAGGACGUUCUCCCACUGAUGUGUCCCUUUAUGGGCCUCUGCUUAAGAGCUCUCGGGUCAACUGUAUUGGUGUUGGAGCUGGCGGAGCUGAUACAAGGCAGCUCCAACAGAUUGCCACAAGCCCAGAAGACGUUAUCCAAGUUUCCAGCUUCCCCGGACUCCCUGGCGCCGACGACAAGUUCAUUGCCAGGUUGAGUGGAGAUCCCUUCCCUGAAACUCCUACAGACAUCGAAGAGACAUCUGAAGGCCUUCCCAAACCCAAGGAGGCUGAUAUUGUGUUUUUGGUGGAUAGUUCCCUAAAUGUGGGCAAGGACAACUUCAAGACGGUGAUCGAGUUCAUUUACAAUCUUGUUGACCUCUUCUACAACGAGAGAGACAAGCUGCAGAUCGGCAUGGCACACUAUGCCACAGAUGUCACAAAUGACUUCUACCUCAACACCUACCCCAACAGGGAUGAUGUCAUUAACGCCAUUGGUAGUGUGGAAUACAAAGGGGGGCGUAGGAUAAACACAGGUGCAGCCAUCCGUCACGUGCAGGAUAACCACUUUACAACAGCAAGAGGCAGCCGGAAAGAUCAAGGCGUCCCGCAGGUCUUGUUGGUUCUUACCGGAGGACGCUCCUCAGAUGACAGUAAGGCGGCUGCACUCGCCCUGAAGGCCAGUGGGGUCAGAGUUUAUGCAGUGGGGGUGGGAGACAUGAUGGAUGAGCUGGAAAACCUAGCAAGCCAGUCCCACACUAUUGCUCGGGCAAGUAGAUUUGAAGGGCUGUCCGAGCUGAAUGAGCAGAUCCUGGAGACAUUGGACGAUGAGGUGACCGGAGUCAAGCUCUGUAAUAGCGUUGUGGAAGCUUCCAAAGCCUGCAAUGUGGAAGUGCUGGUGGGCUUUGACGUUGGCGCCCAGAACAUUUUCUCCGCUCAGACCAACCUCCAAAGUAAGAUGGGGGCCAUUCUUCAAAGAAUCACCAAGAUGGCGUCCAUCAGUUGUUCGUCUGGACAGCUCCCUUCAGUGCAGGUCGGCGUGCUGGCCAUGGACUCUAAUGGACAAGCCACCCAGUUGGACUUCACAGACGACGCAGAUGUCCUGUUUGAGGCCUUCAAGGGAUUGCGUAGUCGUGGCCCAUUUGUACUAAAUGCCCAGACCAUCUCAGGCUACACUAGCAGGUUUAAAUCCAGGAAUGAGAAUGUUGUCAAGGUUGUAAUCCAUCUGACUGAUGGUCUGGACGCGCCGUACGCUGAGAUGAAGAGGAAAACGGAAGAGCUUCAGCAAUCAGGCGUUAACAGUUUCAUCGUCGUGGGCCUGGAGAGAGUUCCUAAAUUUGAGGAAGCACUCCUUCUGGAGUUCGGUCGAGGGUUCAGGUACACCAGACCCCUCCGAGUCAACGUCAUGGAUCUGGACUACGAGCUGGCGGAGGAACUGGACAAUAUUGCAGAGAGAGAAUGCUGUGCUGUACCCUGCAAGUGCACCGGAACUAGAGGGGACAGAGGUUCAGUAGGCGUCCCAGGCCCUAAGGGAGGCCCCGGAGGCGUCGGCGGCCCAGGACACCCGGGUGAUGAGGGGGGACCGGGAGAGCGAGGACCCCCUGGUGUGAAUGGAACUCAAGGUUUCCAGGGCUGUCCAGGACAGAGAGGUGUCAAGGGUUCCCGAGGCUAUUCUGGAGAGAAAGGAGAAUUUGGAGAACUUGGUCUGGAUGGAAUCAAUGGAGAAGAGGGGCUCAGCGGUGUGGCAGGACCACCGGGAGGUAGUGGAAGCCCUGGCAGAAGGGGGCCGAAAGGAACCAAGGGCCAGGCGGGAGACACUGGAGACAUGGGCAUCAGAGGAGACCCUGGCAUAACUGGGAGAGACAACAGAGAGGCCGGACCCAAGGGGGACCCCGGUGACGUCGGCCCAGUGGGAGAGCCUGGCGAGGACGGAAAGAGGGGAGGCGCUGGAGAGCCAGGACGAGGGGGAUCUGAUGGAAGGAGAGGCUCAGCUGGACAGCCUGGAGCGCCUGGGAAGCCCGGAGCAGAGGGAGUGGGAGGAGAGCCUGGUAUCGGAGGCUCCAGAGGCAUAUCCGGUCCGAUUGGUGUCCCUGGACAAAAUGGAGAGGAGGGGAAUCCUGGACCAAGAGGACCUGGAGGAGAUCCGGGAAAACUCGGAGAGAAGGGCAGAAGAGGAGCUUUGAGCCGCAAGGGGGAGCCGGGAGACCCAGGACCCAAAGGAGUUGUCGGACCUCUGGGACCGCGGGGCGAACCCGGUGAAGAUGGCAGGGACGGCUUUGGUGUCUUGGGGUCCAAAGGAAGGAAGGGUGAUGAAGGCUUCCCAGGAUUUCCAGGACCCAAGGGUGCAGGUGGUGGUGCGGGGGUUGAAGGUGGACCAGGACCCAAGGGAAACAGCGGUCAGAGGGGUGUCUCAGGGGACCUCGGACCGUCAGGACAGAAGGGAGAAGGUGGAUACUCCGGUCCCUAUGGCGAGAAAGGACCCAGAGGCCCCGGCGUUGUGCAAUGUGACCUCGUCAAGAAGAUUAGAGAUAACUGUCCUUGCUGCUACGGCAAGCAGGAGUGCCCCCUGUACCCAACCGAGCUGGCCUUCGCCAUGGACGUCUCGGACGGCGUGGGCCGCCCGGCCUUCAACAACAUGCGCAACGUCGUGCUGCGUCUGGUCCGUGACAUCACCAUCGCCGAAAGCAACUGCCCGCGCGGUGCGCGCGUGGCGCUCACGCUCUACAACAACGAGGUGACCACCGAGGUGCGUUUCGCCGACGCGCUGAAGAAGCGUGCGCUGCUGCAGCGCAUCGAGGGGCUGCAAGCCCUGGCCACCCGCAAGCAGCGCGUCCUGGAAAACGCCAUGAACUUCUUGGCGCAGAGCACCUUCAAGAGGGUGCGCAGCGGGUUCCUGAUGAGGAAGGUGGCCGUCUUCUUCGUCAACGGGCCGAUCAAGGAUGGCCGGCCUAUCAGCACGGCCGCACUGCGCCUGUACGACGCCGGCAUCGCCUCGGUGUUCCUGGUGAACCGCGAGGACAGAGUGCUCAGCAGAGCUCUGCAGGUAAACAACACGGCGCUGGCUCAAGUGCUGGUGCUGCCACCUGCCGGGAGUGCUCAGUUCAACUCCGUCUUCCAGAAGAUUAUGAGCUGCCACGUGUGCCUGGACUCCUGCGCUCCGGACCAGAUGUGCGACUAUGUGCCCCCGACGAGCAGCCGAGACCGGCGCUCCUCCACCACUGAUGUGGACAUCGACAUGGCCUUCCUGGUGGACAGCUCCGAGACCACCUACCCCUCGGUGUUCACUGAGAUCAAGCGCUACAUCUCGCACAUCGUGGAGCACCUGGAGGUGUCCUCGGAGCCCACCACGUCGGUCCACCAGGCCCGAGUGGCCGUGGUCCAGCAGGCGCCCUACGAGUUCCUCCGCAACCACAGCGGCGCCGCCAUCCGCACCGACAUCGGCCUGACGGAGCACCGCUCCAGCCAGGACAUCGUCAACUUCCUGCUGGAGAAGACGCCCCAGCUGGAGGGCAGCCGGGCACUGGCCGCGGCCAUGGAGCAGACGGUGGAGCAGGUGCUGGAGCUGGUGCCGCUGCAGCGCGCCCGGAAGGUGCUGAUGCUGUUCGUGACGGGCAGCGUGGAGGAGCACGAGGACGCGCUGGUGCGCGUGGCCACCGAGGUUAAGUGCAAGGGCUACUUCCUGGUCAUCCUGGGGGUGGGCGGCGGACUGAGUGCCGGGGACGCCAAGGUCCUGUCGCGCAUGGCCAGCGAGCCCUCAGACGUGUUCUUCAAGAGGAUCCAGAGCAUCUCGCACUUCUACGACAAGCACAUCCAGACCUUCGGGGAGCUGCUGCCCAAGUAUAUCAGCAUCGAAAACGCUUUCUACAUGUCCCCGGAAGUGUCCCGAAACUGCACGUGGUUUGUGAACGACCAACCGUUCAAAAACCCCUUCAAGUCAUCCCAGUCCGAUGAGACCUACAAGAAGGAGCAUGACCACCAGCAGACAGCCCAUCAGAGGAAGCACGAAGAUUCGGCCGAGUUGCACGCCACCAACAUCACGUCCAGCGGUCUGAAGCUGCGCUGGGCCCCUGCAGAUCCCAAGCUCUCGGCCUACUUCCAGGUGGUGGUGACCCGGCUCCGCGACCACUUCCUGGUGGUGAAGACCAAUGUGUCCGACACAGAGUUCUCCCUCCAGAACCUAGAGAGCAGCCAGACCUACCACGCCGUGGUAACGGCCCACACCGCCGCGGGGCUGGUCACCUCCACCCACAAGGGCAUCCUCACCACCAAAUCAGCCGAGCCGAAGCCUGCCAGUCCAAUUAUGGACUCUGAUAUGGUAAACACACCCCUGGACAAACCAGAAACUGUGUCGGAGCAACAGCAGGCUGAACCCGCACAGAUCAUCUCGGCCCCAGGUGAACAGGUGGCCAUCCUUCCCUCUCUGACUGCAGAGAUAGAUACCCCUAUCGCUACGGCUGCCCAGGUGGAGCCCAGCAUCUCUGCCAGAGUGCUGGUGGAGUCCAGCCCAUCUGCAGCCAAACCAGUGGAGGAGCUGCUCCCAUCUCCAGCUGACCCAGUGGCGACCACAGUGGUGGACGUCUGCCAGCUUCCUAAAGAGGAGGGCGCCUGUGCUAAGUUCGUCCUCAAGUGGCACUACGACACCCUCAGCAAGAGCUGCACGCGCUUCUGGUACGGCGGCUGUGGCGGCAACCGGAACCGCUUCGACACGUUUGUGGAGUGUCAGAAGACCUGUGGGAAGCCAGCGUUGAAACCUAGGAUGAAUGUUGCGAUAAGGACAUAGGACAUUGAGAACAGGUCAACCUCGCCUCAGAGGAGAAACACCAAGCUAUGAUGCGAUACCAAAUCAAUGGUGGCUGCACUGGAUUCCACACAACAUUCGAAGAGAGAAGAUUUAAACCCAAACCAAAUUCUUGAAGUAGUCUACUUCACAGAAAUAAAGUGAAGGAAGAAAGCAACACAAUUUGCUGCAUGAUUUGUUAUGACCUUCUGGUGCUAUGUCGUUUUGUGAUUGUUUAUUUUGAUCUGGAUGAAGGAGUUCAAAGGUCCUUCUGUUUUGAGUAUUAUUGUUUCAGUCAACUACACAGCUUUCUUUUCCUUUUUCAUUGUUUUUUUUCACAUGAUGAAACAAAAGUCAUAUAUGAAUAUGUUGGACAGAGAUAAUCAAUAAACCAGUAUUUGCAGGACUAACCUUAGUAGUGAAUGUGAUGAGUCUUUCUACAUUCCAUCUUCACAAGGCAACAAAGCUUGUCACUUUAAAAAACAAUUAUAGAUUGUCAAAUGACCUGAUCCAUAUGGAUCCUAUUCCACACCUAGCAGUGUUUACAGCCGUUGAACAAGCCCAUCGUAUAGUGAAACGCCAGCAGCCAUUCGUUCAAAUGACGAGAGGAGAAAAAUGAGGCGCUGCCAAAAACACACACACAGUCCCAUGGUGACUAGAAAGGGAAUGUACUUGUCUAGCUGUUUGAUGUUUGUUUCUUUAAUGUAGGAUCUUGUUACGUUUACGUAAAAUUUGUGUUUUCAUUUUGGGGAAUGGGGGGGAAAUAAAGAUGAAUUAGACUUUCUAAUAAA